GGACGAGAAGAUGUCACGGAUUUUGAGUCCGCUCCUGUCGACUCGUGAGAACGGCCUUCUCUUCAAUUUACUAAGUCACGAAUGUAGUGUUUUAGCAUGCGGUAUUGUCCAGCUGGUAAUGGCAGCCCCUCCACAGAAAAAAGAGUGGAAAAGUCACAGCUUUGGAGUCCUAUGUCUGGUGCAAGAUAAAACAAUCCAAUCAACAUUCAUGAGACUCUACUGUCUUAAUAAGAAGGUGAAGAUGCAGUGGGAACAGGAGCUGUUUACACCGUUUAAGUACUCAGAGGCCAGUCCUUAUUUCCACACAUUCCCUGGUGAUGAGUGUCAGAUAGGACUAAACUUCGCAGACGAAGAUGAAGCCAAGCAAUUCUACACAGCAGUACAGAAGCAGAUCAACGAAAACAAAGCUUCUCCUGCUUUGCUGGUACGCAGAUACAGUGUGGGGGGUAUCUCUGAAUGUAAAGACAAGCUUGACAAUAUUUUUAGAGGAUGUGAAGUGCAGAAGAGGCUUUCUCUUAGAAGUGCAUCCAGAAUUCCUCACCCCCUCGCUUCAGAGAGCAAAGCCACAGUUUUCAGCACAAUGUCCGGCCUAAUAUGUGACUUGCCACAGACGCUCUCCGGUGUUAACGAAGAGUCAAUGUCUCUCGCCCAAAGAAAGGGUCCUCUCCCACCAAUCCCCAUUCAUGCCAGAGCAGCCAUGUUGAAAUUAAAUCGCAGUGCUAGCAUGCAAACCUAUGAGACCACCUUUCCCGUUCCAGCAAGAGUCCCACCGCCUCCAUCCUAUCAUGCCCCUACGGCCCCUGAUAAAGCUCACUCAGCUGGAUUGAACCAAACUUUUCAUGCUAAUGAUGGUGUCGAAGAUGUCUAUGACGAUGUCUACGAUGGUGUCUAUGAUGAUUACCUUUAGAAAAAUGUCCUCCAAAAUAUGGGACGUCAUGUAGUCCAGCCAGCAGUAAGAUCUGGUUAUGUUGCACUUUGAUGUAUGAAAUAACUAAAGUAUAAAUACAGGCCUAUAGCCGGGGGAGGGGGGGUGUUUGCGUGGUUCAAUGACA